AUGUCAGGGUUCAUUAAGAGCACGUUGCUUAGUUUGGGCCAAGAUUACUUGGGAGAUCAAUAUCAAGAGUUCGCGGAACAACAUUUCCAGCCAACCAAGGAUCCGUUUUAUGAAACGAACAAAGACGGCAAAAAGCAUCGUCGCAGACUGCCAUAUUAUUGCACUAAGGAUGAAAGCAAAGCGUGGAAGAAGGUCCAAAAUAAAGCCUGGCUGCAUGACAAGUCAGUGUGUGGAUGCUGUUGCUGGACAAACACUGUAGGGUGGGCGCCAUUACUUGCACUUCUACCAGUGAUAGGACCCUUAUUGAUGUACUGGGUGCAUGAUAAGUUAAUCGAAUUGGCAGAUGAUAGAUAUAAAUUACCUACUGAAAUCAAGGUCAAAAUGCACGGUAAUAUUGUUAUUGAUUUACUUAUUAGUUUGGUUCCUAUCCUAGGAAGUGUUUUUGCAUGGUUACACGCAUGUUCUACAAGAAAUGCAGCUAUUGUUUACAAUUUUGUUGGAAAAAGGGCAUUGGAAAGGAAGCAAGAGGAGAUCAUGCAUCAAACAAAGGAAAACGAGAAACAUUAUAAUGUCAAUACAGCAGGCCCAGUAGUUAGUGGCAACGAAAAAAAAACGAAUAUAAACAGAAACAAUGGUAAAGUCUACAACAGACCGCCGGCGGCAACUCCACCUGCGCCGGCAUACACACGGAAUACUAACGCCCGUACUCAAAGAGGUUACAGGUGA